UCAGGGAGCCCGCAUUCAUAAGCUAAACUAAGGAAUACUGUGUCUCUGGUAUUUAGUUUCCUUUCUCAUUUAACCAGACCUUUGAGCGACAGUAGUAACAUAUUAGUCAUCUGCUUUGAUUGGUUAUAAAAACUCACCCUGUCUCCAGUCUCAAUCUAUUGUCCAGGAGUCUCCUCAUCAGUUCCUUCAACUCUCCAACCAUCUGAAGAGAAAGGUUUUUAUCCUGAUCAUGGCUGUGACCAACCAACCAGGCAGAUUUGAACCCUCUGAUUUCCAGACCAGCCUGUUUGAUUUCUGCGGCGACUUUGGAACCUGCUGCUACGGUUUGUGGUGCUACCCCUGCCUGACCUGCUCCGUUGCCAGUGACAUGGGCGAGUGCUGCCUGUGUGGUAUGGGAAUGACCAUCCGCAGCGUCUACAGGACCAGAUACAACAUCGAAGGGUCUCUCUUGACGGACUUUAUGGCAACCAUGUGCUGUCCAGUCUGUGCCACCUGCCAACUGAGGAGAGAUAUCGACCGCAGGAAGGAACAAGGCAUUUACUGAGUGGUGCUGUAAGGAUACCAAGGAAGCCUGCUGGACUGCUGCACUUCUGAAGCCUUUGUAGAUGCUACUCAUUCUUUCUGUUUAAUUAUUUAUGAAAUGAUAUACAGCAUAAUAAAGCCGCUAAUGUUGUACGACUGUUGUAAAUCGACUAUCCUUGUGAUAUUUCCAGUCUUCUGAAAGAAAUUAUUUGUUCCAGCCAGUUGAACAUUAGUCAUCAGGGGCACUCCUUAUGGGUGGAGAACAGUGACAUGAUUUACUACAAGUGUCCUAAAUCACAUUUUUAUCUGUGUUGUCCUGAACAGUUGACGUAAUGUGGAGAAGAUUAGUGUUGACUUAAAUUUUGAAACGCUGUCAGGUUUUUUUCCCAAGCCUUUCCGUAACCAGAACUUGACCUCAGACAUGAACACAGCGUGUGCAGAUUCUUCAGCAGAUCUUAGAACCAUUGAAACGGGUUUUGCAGUGUAUUAAUGUAAUUUAUAUUGAUUGCAGCUGUCUUUUCAUUUAAAAUCUGUUCUUAAAAGAAGACCACAACCAAUCACCGUCACAUUUUAUUAAAUAGACUGAUGAUUUCCUGAAUACUGAAUGUAUGUGGUGUUUAUAAAGGUGUACUUUUAAUAAAAACCUUUUAAUUUGCAGAAGUUGUCCCUCGUUUUUUUCCCUCUACUUGUUUGUAGA